AAAUAACGAAAUUCAGUUCUAAAUUCAUUUUGUUUGCGGGCAGUCGAAACAUUUAAAAUGGGCAGAAUAAAAUUUAACGGAGUUUUCUUAUUGAUGGUCCUUCAAAUAUUCUUGGUGGCUACAACAACUGGAGAUGAAACGUGUGAAUCAGACCGAAAAAUGGAAGAACAGUGCCGCUUUCAUAACUACAAGACUGUGAAACCGUUGCUAGAUUAUUUCAGGCAGGUUAGAAAUGAGUUAGAACAAAGUGAAACUAAGGAAAAGCAGAUAAGUGAAUUAAAUUCUGAUCUUAUGGAAAAAUAUCAUGAAAUUGUAAGAAUUCAUGAAACAUUCGUGAAGGAGGCAGCUCUAUUAAAUGAGUAUAAAAACAAAGUAAUCAAAGGGGAAAACGAUUUGCAAUUGUGUCAAAAUAAAGUUGAUGAAUCUGAAAUUAAUUCACAACAAAAUAUUAUUCUUAAAUUAAAAGAACAACUAACAGAUAAAUCCAUCAACUUAGAAAAGUGUCAAGUUCAAUUAAAAUCUCUUAAUUCUAGAUUAAUUGUAAAAGAUGAAAAUAUAAAGAGAUUGAUUGAGAAUAUUCAAAAUAACACAGAGCAUCAGGAAACACUUGAGUUGGAGUUAGAGAAGAGUAAAUCUAUAAUAAUAAAGCAUGAAAAUGAUGAUCAGUUAUGUCGUUUAGAAAACAAUAAAUUAAAUAGGAUAUCAGAGAAUAUUAGAGAAGAACAGAAAAAAAUGCAAUUGAAAUUAAAAGAUUGUGAAACUAAGCUAAGUCAAUCUGAACUUGAUAAAUUAAUUCCCACAACAUGCAUCCCUUUCGGAGAAUAUUCAGGAGUUAAUCAACUCAAUGUCUCUGGCAUAGGUUUAUUCAAUGUUUUGUGCGAUAGUCAGUUAGCUGGACCUGGAUGGAUUGUAAUACAACAACGAGUUGGGGGAAACGAGAAUUUCAGUAGGGAUUGGGCAACGUAUCGCAAAGGUUUCGGUUCUUUUGGAAGUGAUUUCUUUCUUGGAUUAGAGAAGAUACAUCGUAUCACGAGCUUGCAGCAUUUCGAACUUUACAUACAUUUGGUCGAUGAGGAUGGAAGAACCUACAACGGUCGUUAUGACUACUUCAAAAUAUCUGAUGAACAUAAUGGAUAUGCACUGAGAUUGGGUGAAUUCACUGGAACCUUUAUUGAGGAUGGCAUGAGAUACAAUAAUAACAUGAAAUUCACAACAUUCGAUCGCGACAACGACAAAGUUGAUAAUGGUAAUUGCGCAUACCGGUAUGAAAGUGGCUGGUGGUACAGUGCUUGUUCUAAUUGUAAUUUAAAUGCACCAUAUGGGCUAUAUCUACGUUGGUGGGACUUACAUUUCAAUAAUAUUUUACUUAAAGAAGUUAAGAUGCUAAUUCGCCCCAAAGAAGCGAUGAAGAAGUGAUAAACUGAAAAGCUGAAAUUCCCAUAUUUGGCUCAAUUAUGUAAUCAUUUAUAGUAAUAUAUAAAUAAAACGAUCGACUAUUUAAUGCAGCGAUUUAUUUUGAAUAGAAAUCGAUCAGUUUUUAUUGCAUUUAUUGUAUGUUUUGAUGAGAAAAUUUUGUAGACGCUUUUAAUAGAAGUGUAAAUACUUAAAAGUCAGUAAACUUAUGAUUAUCCUGUAUAUAUCCUUUCAGUCGAAUCUUGAAUAUUAAUGUAAUUUAAAAAAUGAUCUACCCAUAUUCGUUUCUUAUCUAAACAUAAA